UCAAAGAAAACAAAUAGACGGGCGAAACUUUGAUUGACAUUUCAAUUAAAUUACAGCCCAACUCGCUGUCGCUGGCGGGAAUGUUCCGAGUGCAGAAAGUUUUGCUCGCCGAAUACGAGGAGAUCUACGAGCCGGUGCUGGUGGAGAAUCCCUUCACCCUGGUGGACAUACGCGGCGUGGGAGUGCGCCAGUACCACAUAGGCCUCACCAGCAACCGCCUGCUCUUCGGCUGCGACAACUUCUCCAAGUACGGGGAUGAGCCGGGCUUCCUGGACCGCGGCCAGGACCCGGAGAUCGAGAGCUUCGAGCUGGUCAGCAUGCUGCCACUGCAGCUGAUCCGCUUCCACUUCUUCCGCAAGGCGGCGCGCUGCCUCAUGAUGCUGAACAUUGUCCAGCCGCUGGGGGAGCCGCUGGUCAUUCUGGAGCACCCAAUGAUCUUCGAGUUCGGCGGUCACCUCUUCAAGCAGCACUUCUGGCACACCUGGCGCGAGCGGGUGGCCACCAUCCGGGUGAUGCAGCCGCUCUACGGCCAGAUAACCGGCGCCUCGCCCUUCUCCAGCACCGACGUCCAGCUGGACGAGGAGACCAUCUCGGUUCAGGUGCAUCCGCCGCCCAAAAGCCCCUCCUUCUUCAGUGCCUGCCAUGCGGGAGCGGGCGAUUUCGGCUAG